CAUUAAUAGUUCUCUUUCAAUUUCAGAUUUCUGAAUGCACCUUCUCAGUUAUGGUAUUUUAUCAUUUAAUUGUGCUUGGAAUUGCGCUAUCUGAAGCCAAAUCCGAAUGUAAAUUCAAAGGAUUAGGAGUGGACUGCAAUUUGCCUUUCUCGCCUACAACAUCUGUUCUCAGAUGUCAGAGCAAAUGCUGGAUGAGACCGUAUUCAAUCAGAAGAAGCAUGGUUGAUACAAAUGUAUCUAAAAUAUCAUCUGCUAAUCCCUUUGGCUGGGAAAUCUUCAAAGAAGUCAUAUCUUACGAGUGCGAAGACGAAAUCAUGUUUGUAGACAGAGAGUAUAACAACAGUGAAGAGCAGUGCGAGAAAAGCAGUUACGCCAAAUAUAAAUUAAUGAACUUACUAGAUGUUUUCGAAAUUGAUAAUAUAAAGGAGUUAGAAUUAUCACAUUUCAUAAACGUUAGCAUAUUUACGAAUAUUUAUCCACAACUCUUUACUCUAAAUAUUCAUCAUUCAAUAUUCAUUAACGUACUUCCUGGAAAUAUUUCAAGUAGCACUAUUCAUUUCACAAACCCUUUGCGCAAGUUAUAUCUAACACAUAAUCAACUUCAAUUUUUACCGGAUCAUAUUUUUUCCUUGUCUAAUUCUUUGAGAAAGUUAGAUUUAUCAUCAAAUAAUCUGACUGAGAUAAAUAGAAGGCAUUUUCAAAAACUUGAAAACUUGACGACUCUCAAUAUAUCACGUAAUAAGCUCGUUUGCAUAUCACCUAACACGUUUUCUGACCUGAAUAAUCUUAAAUCAUUAAAUCUUUCGCAUAACGACUUGUUGACACUAACGAAUUCGAAAAACAAAACGGACGGAGAUGACAGUAACGAAGAGGUGAAUUCGACAAUUGAGCUGCAGAUCCACGAUAGUAAUUUUUUACAGCACCUUCAGUCUCUUCGUAACUUAGAUCUCAGUAAUAAUAUCAUAACCGUACUUCCUAAUAACAUGUUCAGAAAUCAUAGUUCGCUGUAUUACAUCGAUUUUAGCCACAAUUGUUUACGAAAAUGCUAUCGUUUUUCUGCUAAAAACGAUUUGCAAAUUUUAAAUCUUUCGCACAACCAAAUUCAGAUAUUUGGAAGAUUGUGCUUUAAAAACUUGAACCAUUUAAAAAUUCUAAAUAUCAGUUCAAAUCUAAUUAAAGAAUUAAAAUUAAAUUUUGGAAAAAAUUUGGAAGUCCUCGAUGCAUCUCAUAACAAGAUCGCGACUGUAUUAAUUAGGGGUGAAAUAAACAUUCGCGUAUUGGACUUGUCUGAUAAUGAAAUCACUUCGUUUUUUUCGCUUUCACAUCUAUCGCCCCAACUCGAAUUGUUAUUAUUAGACUACAAUUAUAUUUACGAUACAAAUUUUUUGAAAGAAUAUCCGUAUUUUCAAGAAGUGAACCACACUGUCACGAUUUCUGUAACAUUUAAUAACAUUUCUAAUUUUGAUACAUCAUUUAUGAAAGAUAAAAACAUUAAAGAUCACGAUGAACAUUCUGCACACGGAAUUUCGCUGGACAUUUCUUUCAAUCCAAUAAACUGCGAUUGUGAAAUGUAUCCCAUGAAACGAUAUAUAAAUGAAGUAAGCCGACCCAGAUUGUUGUCUUUAAUUAAUUCCGAAAAUAUAAAAUGCGCGAUUCCUGAACCAUUGAAACAUUAUUCGGUUCAAUUUUUGCCCGACGAUAACUUUACUUGUACUUUUAAAAACUAUUGUCCACGAUUCUGCACAUGUGGCUCUCGUGGAAAAGACAGAAAGGUUUUCGUCAACUGUUCUGGCCUUGAGCUUCAUCAAGCUGGAAAAAAACCUCAGUUUGAAGUUAGCUUUCUCUACUUUAAUAAAAAUAACUUAAUAAACCUCUUGUCUCUGAAUGAAUGGACGAAAUUAACUGAUCUGUGGGUGAACAACAACCGUUUGGGGACAUUAGAAGGAUGGGUCAUCCCUCGUAAUCUGUUAUUCCUUUCUGUAAGAGGAAACAGACUGAAAUCUUUAUCGAAUAAUAUGAUCCAGUUCAUCCCAACUCAAAAAGAUUUUCAAUUAUUUUUUGGACUGAAUUCUAUUAACUGUGAUUGUGAAAGUGAAACUUUCAAACAAUUUUUACUAAGACACGGAGAAAUUGUGAAAGACGUAAGGGAAAUAACUUGUCAUCAAAAGGUUUCGGAGAAAGUAGUAGAAACUCCUCUGAUAGAAAUGUCAGAACCAGAACUUUGUGCACAGCAGAUCACUGCCAAAUAUAAACAAGAAGUUUUAACCAUUUUCUUUUGUAUUUUACUGUUAAUUUUUCUUUAUCUUCUUUCAAAUCCCCAUUUCUACUACCUGGUCUGGUACCCUGUGGGUGGAGUGAGCCAUGCUGAUUUAAUUUUGGCUUUAGCAAUGGAGAAGAGCUCUGAGGAGGUAAGAGACACUGGAGGCGCGGUGGCCUCAGAUGCACCUGCCUUGGCAAGACUAUCUCUCAUUUCAUUGCCUGAUAUAUCUACGUGGGAAGGAUUGGUGGCAAAAGCACUGACGUUAAUGAGUACUCUGUUAAUUAUAAUUGUCACUGUAGGACUAUACAUCUGGCAGAGAGAGUUAAUUCACUCAUUUAUGUAUGUUCAUUGCAAUAAACUAUUUUGUUUCCAUCCUGAAGUCGCCGAUUUAGAGGAGAAAUUAUACGACGCCUUUGUUGUUUACAGUAGUUCUGAUAAAUUUCUAGUUAUGAAUCUUCUGCACGAAUUGGAACAGAACUCGCCAUUUUUUAAAUUUUGCAUUCACGAGAGAGAUUGGAUUCCUGGUGAAAUUAUAACUGAAACCAUUGUGAAAUCUGUACGAAGCAGUAGAAGAACCAUUAUAGUAUUAUCCGAAUCGUUUAUUUCCAGUCCAUGGUUUAAAGUAGAACUGAAAGUGGCAAUUUCGCAAGAACAAAUGAAUUCAAUCAUCGUCAUCAUGGUUGAUAAAUCAAUUUCUUUGAAGGAAUUAAACAGAGAAUUACGAGAUACUUUCUAAGUUACUUGAGGGGAGUUAUUAUGCUUGUCAAAUUACGUUAUUUUUAAUGCAUUUGUGUCUUGUUUUUCGAUUACCUUUAU